AUGGCUACCUCAAUGAUGCACUAUCUCGGCUUCGGCAAGGAUGCUCCUGUCGCUAAGGAGCCUGCGAAAGAGACUCCCAUUCGGGCGUUACCUGCUUCGUGGUAUACUUCUCCCGAGAUGUAUGAAUUGGAACGCCGUGCGAUCUUCUCCAAGAGAUGGCUCUUCCUCACCCACAGCAUGCGAGUCAAGAACACGGGUGACUGGCUUCGAUAUGAGAUCGCGGGUUAUGACUUUAUCAUCACUCGGGACCGACAGGGCAACGUCAAUGCAUUCCAUAAUGUUUGCAGACACCGUGCCUAUCCUGUCAUUGAAAAAGAGGGCUCGGGCAAUUCCAAGAUCAUCUCCUGCAGAUACCAUGGCUGGUCCUAUGGACUGAAUGGCAAACUAGCCAAAGCCCCCGGAUAUCAGGAACUAGAUGGGUUUGACAAGGACAAGAACAAUCUGUUUGGAAUCCAUGUCAAGGUUGAUGUCAAUGGCUUUAUCUGGGUCAAUCUGGAUGCAAAUGAAACCCCGGAGGUUUCAUGGGAAGAUCACUUCCGCGACGUCGACAAGCAGGACCGUUACAAGGCCUACGACUUUAACAACUACGAUCUGGACCACGACUAUGAGCUAGAAGGCCACUACAAUUGGAAGAUUCUGGCUGAUAACUUCAAUGAAUGCUACCACUGCCCAACGACACAUGCCGACAUUCCUGCUUUCCUCAACCUCGAGUCUUUCGACAGUGACCUCAAGGAUGGACACAUUCAGCACCAUUGCGAGUCUACGGACGAGCAAAAGGCCAAGGGUCUUUAUACUGCCAGCACCUAUUACUUCCCCAUGUCUGCCAUGGUCGUUUCACCACAUUUCAUCAUGGUCCAGAAAUUCCUACCAAAGAGCCACGACAACUCCAAGAUGGCCUAUGAGAUCUACCGCAACAGAAACUCAUCCGAGGAAGAUUUCCGACUGAUCAGUGACAUGUACGCCCGCGUAAUGGGCGAAGACAAAGUCCUCUGCAACAAUGCCCAAAGGAACCUCGACCGAGGUGUCUUCACCAACGGCCAGCUCCAUCCGAAAUACGAAAAGGCACCGCUUUUCUUCCAAAGCACAGUCCGAGAUGUAGUCACGGAGCACUUUGAGCGUGAGAAGAAGGUGGGGAGAGAGAUCUGGCCGGCGAAGGCUAAAGUGCCUUGUGACACGGACGUGAGUGACAAGGACGAGGCCAUCUGUGCUUCUCUUGCUUGUGGGGCUCAGAAGGAAGUCUUGGCUUGGUGA